AUGGAAGUCAUCAGCAACGUUGCUAUCGCAGGGUUCCUGUCCAGGCCUCUGGCACACUGGGAUCCUCAAUCUUGCAAGCUCUUAUCGGAAGCAAACAAUUUCGUGUCACCGUUCUCGCGCGUCAUUCAUCUGAGUCUCAGUUCCCAGAAUCUGUCGAAGUUGUACGGUGGACUACGACUCGGUGCCGGACUUGACUGCGGCUUUGGCAGCCCAAGAUACCGUGGUAUCUGCCCUGACGACUAA